GACGCCGACGAUCAUCCCAAAACUUUCACCUCCGUGGGUCCAAUCGGCGGCGAAAACGUAGACUUCUCCGCUCCCUGCUCCGUCGUCUUCCCUCCGUACGCGACGAUGCAACAGAGCGAUCUCAGCUCCAUUACGUACCCCCAGUAUCCCCAAAAUCCCAAUUAUACCCCAAAUCCUACUCCCAAUUUGCUCGAUCAUCCUCCUCCUCCUCCGCCAUCACAGCCACCACAGCCGUUUUACGCCUCCGCUCCGCCAUUCAGCGCCGGCUUCCCUCCUGCACCCGAUCACCACUCGUAUUCAUCAUCUUCUCACUCUCCUUAUCUUCACCAUCCAGAUGUUUUCGCAAGCACUCCUGCCCCGAACUUCCAAUCGUAUAAUCCACCUCCGGCGCCUUUGCCUGUGACCCAACAGCCUCAGCCUUCCCCCACAUUUCCGAGAUACGAAACCCCCGCCGGAGAUUACCAACCUCCCACCCAACAAAAUUCAUUUUAUCCACCGUAUGAUCAAUCCCCGAAUUAUGUCCCCACAAACCUUAGCCAGGCGCCCAAUACUUCGUUUUCCUCAACCUACCAGUCCCCAUACAGUAAUCAACUAAGUUCUGAUCAAGAAAAGAUGUAUAGUAAUACUAGUUUUGAAUUCGAUCACUCUAGAAGAUACAUGGAUGAAUCUGCAGGUCGUUAUGGGAGUUACGGGUCUGGGAGAGCCGAAUUGGGACAAGAUCAUUAUGGAAGACGACCUGAGAGACACUAUGGGACUGAUGAUCAUGGCGAUGGAGUGUAUGCUUAUCAGGGGAGUAGGGCUGAACCGUAUGGGGCUCGAGGAACUGCUCCGAAGUCGUCUACUUGGUCUAGUUUUGAUGAUUUUGGGAGGCCCAUUGGACUUCGUUCGGAGGACAGGCCUUCGGGCUUGAGCACGAAGACCGUUCGAGCUGUUCCUAAAGCAGAGACCCAGCAGGACGUGAAAGCAGGAGUUCAGAAGUUCAGAGUGAAGCUGCUGGCUGAAAGCGGUGGUCAGAGCACCCAAGAUGUUCUUUGCCAGAUUGGGUUAGAUGGAAUUCGUAUGCUUGACCCAAGCACAAGCCGGACAUUGAGAAUAUACCCUCUUGAUACAGUUACAAGAUGUGAGGUAUUUGAUUCAUCUACCUUGGCUUUUUGGUCGAAAAGCACCGUAGACAUAGAACCAAGGCGUAUUAGACUGAAGUCAAAUAGUUAUACGACUACAACCCUCUUAGACGCUGUUACAGCUGCUACUAUACAGUUUAAGGAGAUGGGUGGAGGAAGUAUACCGUCUGAAUCACACAAGAUGGCUGAACAGCCUGCUGAAAAGAGAAAAGGUUUGGGUUGGCUCAAUGCAAUAAAGCCCGUCAACGAGGAGAAAGAUCAUUGGGUCCCCGAUGAAGCAGUUUCGAAGUGCACAGCUUGUGGUGCAGACUUUAAUGCUUUUAAUAGAAAGCAUCACUGCCGUAAUUGUGGAGAUAUUUUCUGCGACAAGUGUACUCAAGCAAGAAUUGCUUUGACAUCUGAUGAGAAUUCACCAGUUGUCCGUGUUUGUGACCGAUGCAAGGCUGAGGUUUCUCGCAGGCUAAGCAAUGCCAAGGAAGCUGCCAGUAGAUCUACUGUGUUGCAUAGUCACGAAGACCUCGCUAAGAAGCUUCAGGAGGAGAUGGAGAGAAACAGCAAGGCAUCAUCUGGCUCCACGAGGUCAGCUGGUUCCGGAAGGAGGACGAAGGAGGUUGCGUGCCCUACUUGUACAGUUCAUUUGCAGGUUCAAGUUCCAAGCUCCGGUUCAGAGACCAUAGAAUGUGGUGUUUGCCAACAUUCUUUCAUUGUCAGUGCUCACUGAACUCUCUCACUUCUUCGCGCCAUAUUAUUACGGUAUUUAUGUGUGAUUAUGAGUUGGUUUGUGGUACUUAAUACGUUCUUGCGCCCGGUCACUUGUCUUGCGGGUUCUUGUCUUUUAUUUCCUCACCGUGCUUUGUUUUGUUGGUUAACCUUUUAAAUGCGAACAAAUUGGUCGUCUGUCGUUGCUAUGAAUGUAAAUUGAAUGCAUUGGUGAUAUGCAAAAAUUGUUACUGUAUAUGCAAAUUGUUACCUUAGUUUAUGGUAUAUUUGUUUAAAAUCUCUAUCUCAACUCUGUUUUACCCCUCUACUUAGAUACGGUGGUGAAUGACCUUCAAAUUUGACCGCUGAGGAGCAUGUAUUGUUGAUUGAAAAGCAUGGAAGUGGUGUUUGAUUUGUUGUUGAGGGGCAUGAAACAUUA